AUGGCUACCACUCCUCCCCCUCUCCCUCCUCCCAUUGACGCCUCCUCCGUCGACAAGCUUCAGCUUGCCGCGGACCGCUUGGCGAUCAAUUGGCAUUUAUUCGUCAUCGCCACUACCCCAGCGCUCCAGGAUGCAGCCGAUGCCGCAUUCCUCCACGAUCGCCGCAAAUACCUCAUCUGCAAGGCGGAGCAUGAGGUUGCGGCACAUAACUACGACUUCGCGGUAGCGGAACGCGCCAAUCGCCUGGCGCUCCUUGAUGAAUACAAUAUGGCCAUGGCGGAAUACCUCCCUCGGAGCAUCGCGUGGGCCACUGCUGAUAACCGCGCCUGCACCAUCCUCCUCGGCGCACUCCAUGGUACCCUCAUGCGCCGUUUCCAAGCUCGCGAGAUGCGCGCCUCCCUCAUCUGGGCCGAGCUCCAGGCGAUGUUCGAGCGUCGUGACAUCAGCUCUGUCGGCGCCCUGUUUCAGGAGUACUUCUCCACCACCCUCGCCACUUGUGAUGGCGCAGUUGACUACGUGGGGCGCAUGCAGGAGGUCGCUGAUCGCCUUGCGGCACGCCAAGCUGCCCUCCCUGAGCCUCUGCAAAUCCACCACCUCCUCUACAGCCUCACCCCGGACUACGAGUCCCGCCUCCAUGCCUUCACUGAGGCCAACCCCAUGGCCGGCCUCGACGACGUGGUCAAGUGGAUCAUUGACACGGAGGUCAAGCUUCGUACCCCAAUUGUCAACCUUACCACCCCUCAGUCCUCCUCCUCCACCUCCCUGAACGCUACGCAGCCGCGCAACCAGGGUGGUCGCAGCGGCGGCGGCGGAGGCCGUGGUGGUGGCGGUGGUGGUGGAGGCCGUGGUGGUGGCGGUGGUGGUAGUGGUGGCCGUGGUGGCCGUGGUGCCGGUGGAGAUGGUGCUGGCAGCGCCCCUGCUGGAGGACCUUCCGGUUCUGGUGGCGCUGUGACUCGAGGCGGACGCCCUGGCACUCUCCUCCCAUGCACAUAUGUGCACCGCCAUGGUCCCCAUGCUCGUACCCCUUACGGCCAGACCAACCAUCCCCCCACCACGUGCUUUAAGGCACUCGACGACGCCUAG